GCCAACCAAACGAUAACUGCUGUAAUAUUUUCGGAUUCCUUGCUGACACCAGGUCUAAUCAUCUUGCCAAGGAUGAAAUCACUUCAAGAGUCUCGACUGCUUCCAUCAACAUUGAUAUGAUCAUAAGUAUGUUAUCUGUGGGAGAUGCCGGAAGUUAUCCUCCUCUACACACACGUCGUGCGCGUGACAAAGUGAGCCUCAUUUUUCAACCUCCUCUGCUACGACGGCUCCCCUAUCGUCCGGCGCUAGGCACACCAUGAUGGGAGAGUUCAUGUCGAUGACCUUGUUAUCGGGCUUUUAUUAGCGAUCGCCGUAGGAGGGAUUCAUUUUACUCGCUGCAGAUCCCUCCGACGGUUUGAUACUCAGUUGAAGAUAAGCGGAUUGUGUUACAUAAAUACGGCGUGCUUAAUAUUUGCACCUUCUAUGCCCGGCGUUUGCUCCAGUUGCGACCAAUGGACUUUGCAAGAAAACUUAUCAAAGCGCUCGAGGUCCCCCAUACCCAUGAAGAGGGUGCUUCUAGCGGCUUGCAAUUUGUUUCGAGCGACGACCUGCUGCCUGUUCCGGUUGAGGAAAGAACAUGGACUGCAUUCAGUUAUGUCUCUUUUUGGGGGAGCACUUCGAUCAAUGUUUCAACAUGGAUGGUAACCUCUAGCAUGAUUGUCCUCGGCAUGUCAUGGUGGCAAGCCUGGCUGAGCAUCUGGAUUGGUUAUGGUGUAAUGACGCCGUUUGUCAUACUGGCGGGUCGACCAGGUUCUGUAUUCCACAUAACGUUCCCUGUCGUCAACCGUGCCAGCUUCGGAAUAUUUGGAAGUUUGUGGUGCGUGUUCAACAGAGCGACAAUGGCAUGUAUCUGGUACGGAGUGCAAUCUAGUAUCGGCGGCACAUGCGUCUUGGUGAUGCUUCGUGCAAUGUGGCCAAGUGUCAAUGAUAUCCCAAAUUCCAUGCCGUUGUCCUCUGGCACCAAUACAAGGGAUUUCAUGUGCUUCUUGAUUUUUUGGAUUAUAUCUUUGCCUUUCAUAUGGCCUCCUGUGCACACAAUUCGCCACUUCUUCACGUUUAAGACGAUCAUCACGUCCAUUGCCUGUCUCAUCUUUAUGAUUUGGUGCAUUAUCAAGGCAAAAGGUGUUGGACCUGUUGUUAAACAGCCAGGGACUCUACAUGGCUCAGAACUGGCCUGGUCCAUGAUCGUGGGUGCUGGCGCAUGCAUCAGUAACCUCAUAACACUGACAACGAACGCGCCAGAUUUUGGGUCACGAGCGAAGACUAAAUCUGCACCGAUCUAUUCCCAGCUCUGGUCCAUCCCCUUCUCUUAUGGUUCUAUCUGUCUCCUUGGUGUCAUCGUCAGUUCAUCAUCGCAAACAAUCUACGGGGAAACGAUUUGGUCACCUGUGGACUUGCUAGCCAGGUUCUUAGACGAUAACCCAUCCCCUGCUACUCGAUUUGGUGUCUGGUUCAUCGCCGCCUCGUUCAUCAUAGCUCAGAUAGGAACGAACAUAUCCGCUAACUCGGUCAGUGCGGGGUGUGAUCUGACGGCGCUAUUUCCACGUUUCAUCAAUAUCAGACGCGGCGGGUAUAUAUCAGCCAUUGUCGGACUCGUCAUGUGUCCCUGGAAUCUGGUGUCGAGCAGCAGCCGCUUCACGUCCUAUAUGACUGCGUACUCGGUUUUCCUGAGCGCGAUCGCAGGAGUUAUGGUCACCGAGUACUGGUUUGUGCGCAAGGGCCAUUAUAACGUUGCUGACCUCUACGUCACCCGCAAAGGGAGCUGGUAUUGGUACAAUUAUGGUUUCAAUCCCAGAGCAUACGCAGCAUAUGUGGCAGGCAUCCUCAUCAAUGUAGUUGGCUUUGUUGGGGAUACUGGAGUACCAGUACCAGUAGCUGCAACUCACAUAUUUGACUUGUCCUUCUUCACAGGAUUUGGUACAUCCGGUAUCGUGUACUACAUAUUGAACAGGAUAUUUACAGUUCCGGGAGCUUCCGAUAUAUUUGAGGAAAUAGAUGUAUCUGGGUACGAGGAAAGGAUGACGAGUAGCGACGAAGAUACAAAGGACGACAUCAUUGAGAAGGAAUCUUCCGCAUAGAUUGAAUAGUCCUCGGAAGUAGACUUAUGCAGCGUGUUUAUUAGAUGAUCCAAGGAGAUUCAAGUUGAAUUCAGAGAUACGAUUUGAUUAUGAUUGACGUACGUCAAAUACUAGUAUGUGGUUACAGUGCUCAAAGGACUCGCCCUCGGACGCCGAUCUAUUCGUCAGGAUAGAGGACCCAGGUGAGCUCCCGCGUCAGGUUUCUGCAACUCGAGCAGUGAUAUUCAGGUACUA